GUCCAGUUGGUGGCGGUAUGGCGCCGGGAAGCUGUAAUGGCCGGCAAUAAACAAAAACGGGGUGAUGAAGAAAUAGGAAACAGGACGUUGCGUGUAAUCUGAGCCUGGAGACUGGUGGAUAUGAAUAAACCGCUUUAGUUUCUGACACUACUUUAAUCCAAGUCUGCCUAUCUAUUUUACCUAUCUGCUGCAGAUCACGGACACCAGGACUUCUAUUGGUACCAGCAGACCAUAGAGCAGCUUCUCUCCUCAGACUGUGCAACUCUUCCAUUCAUCCUCCACACUCCAUCAGAACUUCAUUAAGCUUGUGGACGUUUCAUUCGCUCAUCAUGGUGGAGUACUACCAAGUUUUAGGGGUACGGAGAGAUGCAUCUGCAGAUGACAUAAAGAAAGCGUACAGAAAGCUGGCCCUGAGGUGGCACCCUGAUAAAAACCCAGAGAACAAGGAGGAGGCCGAGAAGAAAUUCAAGGAGCUGUCCGAGGCUUAUGAAGUCCUGUCAGAUGCCAACAAGAGGAGCAUAUAUGACUGCUAUGGCAAAGACGGGCUGACAGAGAGCAAUGGAGGAAGAGGGGGCCAUUUCCACAAUGCAGAGCAUUUCCAUCAACCAUUCACAUUCCGCAACCCAGACGACGUCUUCAGGGAAUUCUUCGGCGGCAGAGACCCGUUCGCAGAUUUCUUUGGUGCAGACCCAUUUAGCGAUGAGUCAUUUUUUAGCAGUGGCCGGCGGCACCAGAGUCGGGCAAACCGCAGCCGGACGGGUGGCUCGUUUUAUGGGGGCUUUGUUGGUUUUCCUCCCUUUGGUGCUGGCUUCUCACCUUUUGACCCAGGCUUCGGUUCUUUGGGUUCCAUGAGCACCAUGGGUCACAUGGCAACCAUGGGUGGUCUUGGAAGUGGAGGCUUCACGUCUUUCUCUUCCACCUCAUUUGGGGGAGGCGGUGGAGGAGGAGGAGGUAUAGGCAACUUUCGCUCUGUUUCCACUUCCACGAAGAUCAUCAACGGCAGGAAGAUCACUACUAAAAGAGUUAUGGAGAAUGGUCAGGAGCGGGUGGAGGUGGUGGAGGAUGGGCAGCUGCGGUCAUUAACCAUUAAUGGUAAGGAGCAGCUGCUGCGACUGGAACACAAGUAAAGAUGGAAGCAUCCUCUGCUGGAGUGUGUUACCUCAGCACAAACAUUACCAACAGACUUUAGCUCAAAACAGAAGGAAAAAAAGCAACAAGGCAAUAUAGUAAUAGUACUCUACUGUUGAUUGGCUAUACAUGCUUAUGUUGUGCUUAUGUCCCCUAAUGUCCUCUCCCUGCUGACUCUGAUUUAUCAAUGUAUGAUUCAAAUCCAAGGAUUUGGAUGCAGACUUUUCUAUGCAUUUUGUUAAUGUUUUCUGAAUUUGAGCUGUGCUUAUAGUUUGGCUCAGGAUGGUGUUAUUGUUUCAGUGUUUGGGACCACAGUAUUGUUUGUGAUGUUUAUGACCUGACCCCCCCGCCCCCGAAGCCCAACCCCUCCCCACCCGCCACCCCCACUCUUCCCAGUAUUUCUGUAUACACUGUGCGUCGGUCUGUGUGCAGACCUGACUCUGUUCAAAAAACAAAGCAUGACUUUGCUUUUUCUUUUGAAAGGUUUGAAAAAAGUGUUCAGUAUGAUUUUAAACAGGGUGUGGGGAUAACUGAAACAUCUUCCCCCUCUCUGUUUACUGCUUAUCUAACUUCUUCGUAGUCAUUUUUUAAAAAUAAAAAUAUAAUGUUCUUAGGAUGAGUUACAGUUUUAUAUCUUCUAAUAGAUAGAUAGGCCUUUAUUAGCCCCGCAAUGGGGAAAUUCUCAAUACCAAUGUGUUUUGUUUAUUUAAUAAUGCAUGUACACCUGUUGAUGUUGAGUCUUAAUGUUAAAGCUGCAUUAUGAAGCCCAAAUAUUGGAAGGCAUUCUAUAAAUGAUAAAUGGAUAUGGAAGGAAUUCGGUGUAUUUUGUAAACCAGUAAAUCUGAGUUUCAUCCUGUUUUCAGGAUGCUGAAA